AUGCUGCACCAAAGCCUGGGCCGGCAGGCGCGGCCCUCAGGGGUCCUGGGCACCUGUCGGCGGAGCCGCCGGCCUGAACUUGGGCUGGGGGCAGCCACCUCGAGGCCCGUGGGCGGCUCGUGUGCGGGCUCUUCGUGUCGCUCCGCGCUGCCGGCCGAGCCUGGAGACAAGCGCCUUAAAGCCCGUCUGAGCCCCGCAGGUGUGUGUGGAGCGGGCAGCCCCGUCGGUGCGGUUCCAGUGGUCCCCUGGGGCCGCGAGCUGCGGGCAGAGCAGCUGGGGCGUCUUCGCGGUGCGUGCGUCUAG